CGGAGAAGGACUUCACGGAACGUGAGAACGAGAUCCUCGCAAAGGCCUGGACAUGCAUGACGGAGGAGCCGAAGGUACGCUGAUGGCAAGGGUGUCACUGAGUAUCGCACUAACAGCACCGACAGGUCGACUAUAACAAGCUCGCGGAAGCCACGGGCAUGACCAACCCAAAGUCCGCUUCCAAUGCCUGGGCUGCCAUUAAGAAGAAGAUCAUGUUCAGAGCGGGCCUGAGCAAGGACGGCGGCAAGGAUGGGUCUGCUUCUCCCAGCAAGGAGGACACGCCGGUCGCUACACCGAAGAAGCGUGGUAAGUCUCCGCAUUUCCAUCAUGGCGUCCGGAAUUACUGACGAUGUUGAAGGUCGGCCGAAGAAGGCUGAUGCUGACGGCAGUCCUGCGAAGAAGGCGAAGGGGAAGGGUGGCAAAGCUGCCGCGAAGGACGAGCAAGAGGAAGGUGCGCCGGCCGAAGAUGCCGAUGAAGUGGACGUGGGAGUGAAGGAUGAGCCGGUGGAGGACGACGAAUCGUAGGCCCGGCGUCGCAACUGCGGUCUUACGCGAUACCGUUGUCGCCUACGGCAUGCUGCCUCAAGCAAUAACCCUGGAAAGUGGUAGUAAGCACAUGAGCAGCGAUUACUUGGCCCUGUUGCGGCUGUCAAAUGAAUCACGAUCAAGCUAUAGCUCCGCUCGACUCUGCGUUCACAACGCCUAGACCCUCCCAUACAGCCUAGUGUGAAUGAACGUCACAUGCAAACGUAUCGUCGCCUGGCA